UUGAUUUGUCUCAACAAGUUGAUAGAAAUCAAAUUAUUAAUACAACUCAUUUGUCUGUUGAUUUUUGUAAACAAUUGAUUAACUCUUAUUAUCUUUUGAUUAUCGUUUCUUGAUUGUUUCACUAUCUUCUCAAGUUUAAUCAAAGUCUAUUGUUUUCCAACAGUUUAAUUUGGAUCUUUGUUGGGGAAAAUUAUCCCUCAGUACCUCUUGUUAAUUAGUUUUGUUCAAUUGUCUAUUGAUUUACUUUUCAAUUCCAGUGGUAACAAUUAACAAAGAUGUCCUCAUUUGAUGAAAUUUUUAAACAGAAAGAUGAAGAUUCUGGUAAUUGUCAAAAAUUGUGCAGUGAAUAUAUUGGUGGUCCAUGGAUUGAUUUAGCUGAAGAUGAUUUUGAUUGUAAAAUAAUUCCUGGCGGUUUAUGUAAUCGGGUAUUUGUAUGUACCAACAAGAAACUUUCUGGUAAAGGGACGAUAAAAAUGCCAGAAAAAGUGUUGGUUCGCACCUACGGAAGUGCCUUUGUUGGUAAACGAGGAGACAUGAUUAGAGUUUCCAAUGCCGCUUUACCGUUAAUCCAACAGCAAUUGUUUCACAAUGACUUAGGACCCAAAAUAUUUGGUGUCUUUGAUGAAGGACGAAUCGAGGAGUAUAUUGAACAUGAAGAUGUUGACCCAAGUGACCGUCACGAAAUGAAAUUUUUAGAACCAGUCAUGAGAAAAAUAGCCAAAGUUCAUAACCUUGAUGUUGCCAUAUCGAAAAGGUCAACUUCCGUCCUUGAGAUGGUCAAACAAUGGUAUAAAGAUGGACUUGAUAAUAAAGCUCUAUUCAAUCCUGGUAUUGUUAAACCAGAAUUUGAUGAGUUUCGAGUUGAAUUAGCUGCAUUCGAUUGGUCUAGUGAGGUGACCUGGUUUGAGAAAACACUUAAAGUGGUCAAUUCUCGUCCGGUGUUUAAUCAUAAUGAUGUUCAGUUUGCGAAUAUAUUUUUACGUAAAAAUGGUUCAACUAUGGAUGAGAAAAUUUUCCUUUAUGAUUAUGAAAAUUGUUCCUAUGGAUUCCGUGGUUAUGAUAUUGCUUUUUUCAUUUACGCCAAAUCGGUUGAUUAUUUUGUUCCCGAAUUUUGGAAAAAUGUUUUCUGGCCCAACGAUGAUAUUGUCCGGCAUUUGGUUUCCAUUUAUCGAGAAGAACAUAUUAAAAAUUUAUCUUCGGUUGAUCCAAUUAUCGAUUCACUGGAUCAUCUUUGCAUGGAAGUUGAUUUCUUUUUGUUAUUGGUUCUUUUGCUUCGGCUUUGUGUCAUCUACAAGAAAACUGGUGAAAACUUUCAAGAAGCUUUGAAUUUCAGUCACCAAGAAUUGGCAAGGUACCAUGAAAGGAAGAGGAUUUUCACUGAGAAAUACAAUAAACAAUUGAAGGCCAUUGAUGAUUAAGUUGGUACCUUAAACGAUUAAUCACUUGAAUAAAAUUCCUCAAGGUUGAACAAUCAAUUUAAAUCAUCAUCUUUAAAAAGUUGAUUUGUUUUGUUAUUUUCUUGGAUUUAAAAUAUAAGACUCUUGGAAAUCACAAUUGUGGUUAAACUCAUGAAAUCAUGGUUGUAUUGAAUAUGAAAGAAAUAAAUUUUUCGUCUUUUUUAAA